UCUUUUUGGAAUCGAAAUCGUAUCACUGGACGUAAUGGAUUAUUGGACGGUUACGACGAUUAUGGGCAUAAUAGAAGAGGAGCAAGGUCAAAACAAUACUCUGUUGAAGGCCCAGUGACUUCGAUUAAAAAAGAAGAGAGAAAAAAAACAUCAGUAAAGCCACAAGACCUAUGA